AUGUCGGGACUCGAGGCCGGCUUCACGCCGUGUGUGUUGGGCCAGCACCGCCCCAUGCCCCUCACCUGGGCCAGGAUCGCGAGGCCGCCUUUUGGUCUUGGGGAGCAGAGAAGGACCCCGGUGUUGCGCCAGCUGACGACAGCCUCCAGUGGCUGGAGCCUGGGGGAGUCACCCUGCCUCAAAUCCAGAGAGCACACACAGGAGCCAGAGCACAGGCCGAGGCUCAGUGCGCGCCUCCUUGAGAAGCCGAGGUCGCCUGUGGGUGGAGGGGCCGUGGGGCUGGAGAUGGUCACCACUUCCCUUCUGGACAUGGGCUUCAGUGAUGCCCAUGUUGGCGAACUGCUCAGCAUACAGCCAGCCCCCAGCCCCCAGCAGCUGCUAACCUUGACUGCAGAAUUAAUACUCCUGGGCGUGAAUCCAGGGCCUGUGUGCGUGAUUUUGAAGAAAAGCCCGCAGUUACUGAAACUGCCUGCAAAGCAGGUGAAGAAGCGCUCCAGUUACCUGCGGAAGCUGGGCCUUUGCGAAGGGAAACUGAAGCGGCUGCUUUAUUGUUGCCCUGAAAUUUUCACCCUGAAUCAGCGGGAGCUCGAUGUCAUCAUCAGGGUGCUCGGGGAGAAGUGCCUUUUCACGGUGCAGCAAGUGACGGAGGUUCUGUCCAGGUGCCCCUACAUCCUUCUGGGGGACCCUGAUGAAUUGGAGUACAAAUUUCAGUAUGCCUAUUUCAGGAUGGGGAUUAAGCACUCGGAUGUGGUGAGGACUGACUUUCUGCAGUACUCGCUCACCAAGAUCAAACAGAGGCACAUGUACCUGGAGCGCCUCGGGCGGUAUCAGACCCCCGACAAGAAGGGCCAGACGCAGCUCCCUAACCCUUUCCUCAAGGACAUCUUCAGAGUCUCGGAAGCCGAGUUUUUGGCUAAGACGGCCCGGUCUUCUGUGGAGGAGUUCGAGGUUUUUAAGAAGCUCUUGGCUCGGGAGGAGGAAGAAGCACCUCACAGUGGCAGGUCGGAGGCGGACAGAAGCGCCAGCUCUGACAACGACGCAGAGGAGGAGCUUACUGAUGAAGGGGACUGA